AUGGCGUCGGACACGCUCGCCGUCCCCGACACGGACGCCUCGGCUGCGUCCAACGACGCCAACGGAGCCGCGAUGCGACGCGUCUCCUCGACCUCGUCCUCCUACUCGCACAUCUCGGAAGGCUCUUCUUCGGGCGACGGUCUUCGCCCCACCCUGUCUCGCGCAUCCAGCAUCGCCUGGUCGGACGACGGCUCCGUUUCCGGUCCCUCGUUCCGCACCAACAACUCGAGCGCCUCCGCCUCGAUGGAGGGCAUCGACCUUCUCGGCUCUUCUGGCACCGCUGGCGCACUCCCACUCUCCGACCUGCUGCAAACGUACUUCUCACCGCGCAUCGAUCUGGCCGGACGCAAAUGGUCCGCCUUCUCCGGCGACAUGAAGUCGCGUGCGCGUCGUCGGCGCGAGGAACUCGUCCGCAAAGCCAAAUCCAAGCGCGAGCUGGCCCAGAUGGACGAUGAACUCAAAAAGAUGCGUCGCAAAGUCUCGCAACGAAUCGAGAACCUGCAACAACGCUGGAUGGACUCGAAAACCGUUCGUCUCCGGGACAAGAUCUCGUUCGUCGUGGGGGUCUGCAACCUCGUCGUCAGCUCGUUGGUCUUUGCCCUUCGACCCGAAUGGAUUCCGCAACUCUACUCGCUCCUGGCGUUGUACUUUUUGCCCCUCAGAGUGUGGAGCUAUACGAGCAAGAAGUGGCACUACUUCCUAUUCGAUUUCUGCUACUUUCUCAACGUGGCCAACUUGAUGUUCAUCUGGGUGUUCCCACGAUCGGAGUUCCUGUUCACGGUGUGCUACUGUGCAGCGCAUGGACCGUUGGCAUUCAGCGUUGCGACGUGGAGGAACUCGCUCGUGUUCCAUUCGCUCGAGAAGAUGACUUCGCUCUUCAUCCAUCUUUACCCACCAUUUGUGUUUACCACCAUGGUGCACUUCAUGCCACCGGGCGAGGCGGUGGCGCGUUUCCCCGCACUGAAGAACCUCACCACGUUAAACGGAUACACAUCCUUCUGGUUCAACGUCACCAUCUACCUCCUCUGGCAACUCAUCUAUUACGAGCUUAUCGUGAUUAGGAAGAAGCGCAAGAUCGAGGCGGGCGAACGCAUCAAUUCCUACUCGACCAUGAGUAAGGGUAAAGGCCCCGUGGCGAACUUGCUCGGCAAAGCCCCACCAAAACGCCGCGAACCCGCCUUUAUGCUGCUUCAGUUCGUCUAUACCAUCAUCACCACCCUCCCGGCACCCCUUUUGUUGUAUCCGAGCAGGACGGCGAGCGCCGUGUUCUUCAUGGGCAUUUUUGUGGUUAGCGUGUGGAACGGCGCGAGCUACUACGUCGAGGUGUUUGGGAGGAGGUUCGAGAAGGAGCUGCUGGAGUUGAGGAGGGAGAUGGAGAUGAUGAAGGCGACCGAGAGCGUGGUAUCGGGUGCCGCGGCGGAGGGGAAGGUCGAGGAGGCGCUGGAGAAGGGAGCGGCGGAUGCGGAGGAGGGAGAGGAGGAUGCGGCGGUUGCAGCAAGCGGCUUACCCGAUGGUGGGGAGGAUAAGAAGCAUGUCUAA